AUGGAAGAGGGUAAAAGGCACUACGAAGAGGCACCCUACAAUGAUGCUACUACUUGCAAUCUCUACAGAACCACGAGUGAUCCAAUCCUAAGAUUGAGAGAUUAUAGGCAGAGUGGCAAACAUCAAUAUCCCACAAAGAAGUUGAUGACACCCAAUAUCCCACAACUGGAGAGGUUACUAAUGCUCCAAAGGAAGAACCCCGGGCCCUACUUACGGUAUUGCGCCUCCAGACAUGUUUCAAUUGAAGAGAAAAAAUCGGGGUGGGGGGAAAAUGCUCCCCUUUUUAUACUUGUGGGCCAUGCAAUCCACAUGACUAUCGAUAUGACUGCCUCUGGGUGGGUGAGUGUGUUUGCGCAGCAAAAAGAUCGCUCUAAAAACAAAAAGUGUUACACAAAACUACUCUUUUUCCUGUAA